UUGUUCUCUGUGCGGUUGUUGGUUGCUAACCUUUUUUGCUCGCUGGUUUCGCCACGGUGCGUCGCGACGGCUCCAUACCAGAAACUUACUGACUUACAGCGCUAGCUAAAAGCUCCUGCAGGAGGAAACUAUACCAACAAACUCCCGGAAACGCGUCAGCCGUUCGUGUGCUUCCUCGUAUCCUUCCACAAUCGGUCGGUGGUCGUGGUCAUUGUAGUGCGUUUUUUUGUUCUUGUUUACCAAAAAUAAGAAGGAAAGUUUAAGAUCUGGGUCCAGCUUGGAAAGACGCUUGCGGAGGCGGUCUCGGUGCGUAACUGGAGCAGACGGUUUUUUUCUCGGUGUAUACACAUAGUGUAGUGAGGAAAACUUACUGUUAUCGAUUUUUAUUGCCGCCAGUCGAGUACGUACGAGAGUGAACUGCUUGAUUAGAUCGCUGGGUUGUGUGCGCACGUAUGCAGGAAACAGAAUACAGAAUGUCCAACUGAUCAGAAGUGAAAACAGCACAUUGGCAGAAAACAAAAGCAGAAAAAAAUCCAACUAAAAUACCAGCACAUAUCGACAAGUGUAUAGAAUAUCAAUUACGAAAUUAGUGAAGAGCUAAGUUAAGCUGCGGCGGGAGCGACACGACAGGAAAAGUAUAAAUUUGUUUGGUUUUGUUUUUGCACAAAAAAAAAACAAGAGAAGAGUGCCCACCUCAUCCAUCCAUCGGUGUGCGGUGCGAAGAGUGUCCGUGAGCAAUCGAUGCACUCAGCCGGCAACAACGGAUCAUUGGCUGUACGCUAAAUGUCAUCCUGUGGCGUGCCAUUACGACGACGAACGGGAAAAGGCGACGAACGGCACGUUCCGUCGAUGUUUCAAUAAACAGGUGGACGAUCGUUUAGUGUAAACAGCGGCAGUAAAACCAACAACAACGACCGGCCAGCCGGCACUAAUUAAGAAAAAAAACGCACACACAUAUCAGCUGGUUUGAUAACAGCCCGGCCCGGGGAGCCAGAAGAUGCAACACAAUUAGCUCAUAUCGCAGUCACGCCACGGAUGAGGCAACCGGGAAAUCAGAGCAAUCUUCGCACCAUGUGAAUUUUCCUUUGCUCGCUGAAACGUUACCACUGAUGAAAACCGAUCAAAGCAAUCGGUACUAGAAUAGCAGCGGCAACAGCAACAAAAGCAACAACAAUAACAACAACAGUAUCAACACCAACAAAAAAAUCACUUAAGUAAACAGUAAACACAUCAUAAUUUCUUGAGAACAAUGGGACUGAUAGGCAGGCGAAGAUCGAGCUUCCUGAAGAUAAUCGCACUGCUGGGGGUGGUUUGGUUCAUGGUUGUCUUCGUAAUCUAUUCCGACGAUGGCAGCAGCAGCAGCAGCGGCAGCAAUGGCAGCAGUCGGUCCGGCGGUUCCGCCGUUGUAGGACCCAGCGAAAGUGGGAACAGCGCGUUCGAAGCGCCCCGGAGGCUACCGCUGCAGGGCAUCCGGGAAAAGCUGAAUCAGUUCAUCAUCAACGCGCGGGAGGAUGCCAACAAAGAUGAACACAAUCAGGAUCUGGACGGUCCGGUCGUGGACUAUGUCGAUAACAAUAUCGACCAGGAGGUUCCGGUCCGAAAGGCGGAAAAGGAAUCCAAAAAGCGGGUUCCGCCCAAAAGUAAGAAACGGAACGAGAUUGCCGCUGAUUUCGAAGGAGUAAUUGCUCCUCCAAACGAGGAUGGCCCGGAUGCGCCCGGGGCCAUGGGUAAACCGGUGAUCCUACCGAAAGAUAUGUCACCGGAGAUGAAGAAAGCCGUCGACGACGGUUGGACGAAGAACGCGUUCAACCAGUACGCGGCCGAUUUGAUCUCGAUCCGGCGCAGUCUGCCCGAUCCACGGGAUCAAUGGUGCAAGGAACCGGGACGCUACCAGGACGACCUGCCGCCGACUUCGGUGAUCAUUUGUUUCCACAACGAAGCCUGGUCGGUGCUGCUGCGGACGGUUCACUCCGUUCUCGAUCGCUCUCCGGAGCACCUGGUGAAGGAGGUUAUUUUGGUGGAUGAUUUCUCCGAUAUGCCACACACUCAGAAACAACUCGAAGAUUAUUUCGAGGCGUACCCGCGGGUGAAGAUCGUUCGGGCUCCAAAACGUGAGGGAUUGAUUCGUGCCCGGCUGCUGGGAGCCCGCUAUGCUACCGCUCCCGUGUUGACCUACUUGGACUCGCACUGCGAGUGUACCACCGGAUGGUUGGAACCUUUGCUAGAUCGAAUUGCCAAAAAUUCUACCACCGUCGUGUGUCCCGUGAUCGAUGUGAUCGACGAUAACACUAUGGAGUACCACUAUCGGGACUCCGGAGGAGUCAACGUGGGUGGGUUCGACUGGAAUCUGCAGUUCAAUUGGCACGCGGUGCCCGAGAGGGAGAAGAAACGUCAUAAGAGCACCGCAGAACCGGUCUGGUCGCCGACGAUGGCCGGCGGGUUGUUCGCCAUAGACAAGGAAUUCUUCGAACGGCUCGGAACGUACGAUUCCGGGUUCGACAUCUGGGGCGGCGAGAAUCUGGAGCUUUCGUUCAAAACGUGGAUGUGCGGAGGAACGCUCGAAAUCGUUCCGUGUUCCCAUGUUGGUCACAUUUUCCGCAAACGAUCGCCCUACAAGUGGCGAACGGGCGUGAAUGUGAUCAAGCGAAAUUCGGUUCGGUUGGCGGAGGUUUGGCUGGACGAGUACGCUAAGUAUUACUAUCAGCGGAUCGGCAACGAUAAGGGCGACUACGGCGAUGUGACCUCGCGCAAGCAGCUCCGGGAGGAUCUGGGCUGUAAGUCGUUCCGGUGGUAUUUGGAUAACAUCUUUCCGGAGCUGUUCAUUCCCGGCGAAGCCGUCGCUUCGGGAGAGGUAAGAAACAUGGGAUACGGAAACCGUACGUGUUUGGAUGCUCCCGGAGGCAAAAAGAACCUGCGCAAACCGGCAGGGCUCUAUCCUUGCCACAAUCAAGGCGGAAAUCAAUACUGGAUGCUGAGCAAAACGGGUGAAAUUCGCCGGGACGAGGCCUGUCUGGACUACGCCGGCCAGGACGUGAUACUGUACCCGUGCCACGGCUCGAAGGGCAACCAGUUCUGGAACUAUUCGCCGCACUCGCGGCUGCUGCGGCACGGUUCCUCCGACAAGUGUCUGGCCAUCAACGAGAGCAAGCAGAAGCUGAUCAUGGCGGACUGUGAUUCGGCGGUUGACGCACAGAAAUGGGUUUUCCAGAACUACGAUGCCAGCAAGCUGUGAAGAGACGAAAGCCACUUUAGAGAAAAAAGGGCCGAAAUGUUCGACCAACAGUGGUCGAAGAAGAAACGACACAGGUAGGACGGAUUAUCGUUUUAUUACAAUAUAUCACAAGAAAAAAAUUCGUUUUCCAUCUUACCCGAGAGAAACAGACAGACAGACCGAUGGAUAGUCGUAGUUAGAGAAAUGAUUUUAAUGUGAUUUUUACAGAUAAAUACUUAUUUAAUUAUUGAGUUAGCUUUCCCCCGCGCGAUCUAUCCAACUAUUAAGUAUUGAAACCUUUACAAGUACGCAUAAAAAGUAGGAGGAAAACACGUUUGUUUUCUCUGUUUCCUAUCAGAAAAGAAAACAAAAAUCAUUUAGCUAUGAAAACGUAAACUGCCAUAAGCAAUUACCGAAGUCGAACUGCACUAUUCCCCGGCAAACUUAAGUAGUUUUUGUCACUGUACCGAAGAGUAAAGCAACCGAAAGAUUUCAAAUCAUGCGCUGCUGGAGGCAGUGACGACGGCCACUUGCCGCUUCUCCACUUCGCUCUGAUCGAUCUUGCCUAUCAGAAAAUUUGACUGCUAAAAACAUGAAAUCAAUCAAUGUACCACUACUGUCAACCUUCCCCAAAGGUUGCGGUAGAACCCGGCAGGUUUCCAACCUUCCAAAUCAUAUCCGUUUCCUGCUAAACUUUUUUGACUGUCAUGGCAUUGUGCAAAAAAUUCUGUUUUUCGCCAGAAUUGCUCAACGAAAGCGUAGGCGGGCCCUCCCCCUACAACCUUCCUCGUUAGUCCUACAUUCCAAAACUAUACACUGUAAGCAUCACUUAGCAUAAAGUUUAUUGAAAUAACAGAUAACAAAACAUAACUGGUUAUAAGUAUACAAAAAACCUGGCAGACAGGCAGGGCUGUCCCCGGAAAAACAUAUCACGAUACGACGACAUUCAGAGAAGAAAGGUUUGCCAUACAUAUAUGUAGUUGAACUGAUUUUUCUGAACCUUUGUGUUGGUUUUUUUGAAACCCAAGCCAGUAGAAAACAAAACAAGAAAAAAAGAAAUACAGAAAACUCACUUAUACUUGACAUAUCUGAGAAAAGAAAAUCUUCCCACACUUGCAUUAAACAUCACGAUCGAGAUGCAAAAACAAAAAAAAAACAAUUUUCCUCUUCAAGAGAAUGUUUACACUGAAACUGUUUACCUUAUAUACUUAUUUCCAUAUCAGAUAAGUCAUAGAACGAAGGGAGACAAAAGUUAGAGACGAUUUUUUUUGUUUGUUUUAAGCGAUAGAAAUGCACUUAGAAAUGUGAUUUAGUUCCCUUCCUUCCUCCUAAACUGUUCAAAGGCAAAUUUAUACAAAAUACUGAUAACAAAAAACGAAAAUUAUUAGAACCUACUUAGAGUAUGAACCAGAAUCAAAGCUGAGUGCACGAGUUUGAAUGCGUGUGUUGAAAUUCAAACAAAAAACAGAAAAUUAAAGUGAGUAGUAAAACAACACAAAGCGAGUGAAUGUGAGAGCGUAUAUUUCUAUAUGUGCCUUGUAAAUUAUUGUCAAGAAUUAAAAUAAGUUGAACAAAAAAGUUACUACUUGUGCUGAGACGCAAACAAACAGGAUUAUCUAACACACAAAAAAAAAAUGAAAAUCACACGCAUUGUUUCAUAACGAAAACAAAACAAAAAUUAACCGCUCUUUCCGCGCGGAGUGAAAUUGUAGGUUUUUCCUUGCUGUAGUUUUUACGAAACGUUCUACCCCAAAUCGUGCGGUUCCACAUCUCUACUACUACGGGGAGGUGAUCCGGCGACGGGAAGGAAUGGAAAUUAAAAUAAUUGCAAGAUACUUGUGUACAUACAUAUCCUCGUUAAGUGCAAAACAAAGCAAGCAAAACUUUCGAUGCAAUAAAAAUCAAUACAUGUGACAAGCAAAUCAACCUAGCGAUCGUAUGAUGCUGAUGAUGAUGAUAGUGAAGAACUUAAUUAAUGAAAUAAAAG